AUGGGCGGCCGCCGCAAGUUCGCGAGCGCGUCGCGCCCGCCGUCGGUCUGGGACGUGGACCAUCUCCGGCGGGAGCUCGAGAGCAUAGACGUCGACUGGCGCCACGGCGAAGCGCUGCUGACGUACCUGGCGCACCACCCGGAGGUCACGACCUGGGCCGACGUGAACUGGGCCGCGCUCAAGCGCCGCGUGCCCCAGAAGCUGCCGGCGUUUCUCGAAGACGCGUUCUCCGUGCGGAGCACGCGCGUGGCGUCGCGCCACGACUCCAAGGACGGCACGACGACGAAGGUCGUCGUCGAGCUGCGCGACGGCGCCGAGGUCGAGGCCGUCGUCAUGCGCCACGCGACGCUGCGGUCGACGCGCGUGACCUGCUGCGUGUCGUCGCAAGUGGGCUGCGCGAUGGCCUGCUCCUUCUGCGCCACGGGCACGAUGGGCGACCGCGGCGACCUGAGCCGCGGCGAGAUCGUGGAGCAGGUCCUCAUCGCGCGGUCGCUGGAGCCGUCGACAAGAAACGUCGUUUUUAUGGGCAUGGGCGAGCCCCUGAACAACUACGACAGCGUGGUCGGCGCCUGCCGGCUUCUCCUCGACUCGCAGUACCUCGCGCUGCGCGCGGGCCGCGUCACGGUGUCGACGGUGGGCGUCGUCGAGCGCAUCCGGCAGCUGGGCGAGGACGAGCCGCGCGUGGGCCUCGCGCUGUCGCUGCACGCGCCGGACCAGGCGAAGCGCGAGGCGAUCAUGCCCGCCGCGCGGGGCCACCGCAUCGACCGGGUCCUGGACGCGGUCGACGCGCACGUCGCGCUCCGGCUGCCCCUCAUCACCAAGGGGCCCCUGAUCAUGGUCGAGUACAUCCUGCUCGGCGGCUGCAACGACUCGGACGCCGACGCCGAGGCCCUCGGGGACCUGCUGGAGCAUCGGUUCGCGGGCCGGCUCAUGGUGAACCUGAUCCCCUACAACCCGACGCCGGACCUGCCGUACGAUCGGCCGACCGAGGGCCGCGCGCGCGCCUUCCAGGCCAUCCUGACGCAGCGCGGGCUCCUCUGCUGCGUGCGCGUCACGAUGGGCAGCGACGUCGCCGGCGCCUGCGGCCAGCUCCUCAAGAAGAAGCGCGGCGCCGUGGACAUCGAGGACGCCGCGGGCGGGGCCCCCGCGGCGCGCCGGCGGCCGGCGCGCGCCGUCGCCGCGCCGCGGGCCGCGUCGCUGUCGCCGCCGCCGUCGCCGUCGCGCGCGCGACGGGAGCGGACCGCGGCGGCGCUCGCGCUCGUCAGCGUCGGCUUCGCCGUGGCCGCGGCGGCGACCGCCUCGAUGGGCUAA